AUGGAAUUGGUGGCCAAUGGUCAAAAAUGCCUGAUCCUAUGAGUUCCUUCAGCAUUUUGUUUUUUGCUUCUGCCUAAUAUAUUUAAUUGGAAGAAAUGACAGUCAAUUCAUAACUAGCAAUAUAGUAAUAGACACAGGGGGAAAGUUUGACCCCCUGUCAUCAAGGUACAUGUGGAAACAGGUUGAAUGACUUUGGAUGAUGUCAACAUGGGGUGCUAACAGGGGAGGUGGGAUACAGGAAGGAGAUUCCAUCACUGGUGAUCCUCGGCUAUGAUUAGGACCAAGCUCACAGAGCUGGAUGGUGGCAGAUGUACCCUGGAUGAGAUAGUGUGGUUUCAGACGAGAAGAAAUUCACUACAGUCACAUGCACAGGAACCUUUUUAGUACUAUAGGAGAAACUGAGGCACCACACCUGAUUGGUGAGAUUGAAAUUAGAAAUUACAGAAAAGAUGGCCUUAAAUUUAACAAAUUUUAAUAUUCAAAACUUUGAAUAAGAAAGGAAGGUUGGAGAUGGGGGCUGACAAGGGAAUGGUGGGCGUAAGAGAAAACACUAUAGUAUUUUUUGAAGUGGUUAGAAAUAAUGGCAGUUUCAAAAGUGAGUUGGAAACAAUAGCUGAUCAAAAGGAAAAGGUUGUAAUGUCAGCUUGCCCGGGAGCCGGGAAUGAAGGUGAAGCAUGAUAUUGGGAUACAGAUCUGAUUUCCUUAGAAUAAGCUCAAAAAGGGAAAUUAAGAGUUUUGAGUUCUUCCAGCAGUUUGUUGCUCCAGAUUCCAGCAUCGUGUGUCUCCUUUGAUCAAGAAACUUUUCUGAAACACACUUCAAAAACUCCUGCCCCACCUUUCUUCUUAUGUUAUAGUAAUCUUUGUUGGGAUAGCUGAAUCAUUAUCACUACUUCACUGCUUUUACACACCCCUAUAUCCAUCCAAUUACUUGCCACAAUGCAGAAUAAUCCCAGGAAUACAAUCACAUUUGUAUUUCUUGCCUCCAGCGAGAUUCUGUCCUUGAUCAUUCCAGGAUAUCCACUUUCUUCAGCCCUGCAAAUAUUCUUAACCAAUUCAGCCUCUAUCCCUGUCUCCCAAACACUGUGUCAAAUAUGUACCUGCACAUAUUUUUAACCCAUUCUUGACCUUUUUUUUAAAGCUAAGUGGCCAUUGCCAAUAACAUCACAACCACCCGUGGCCAAUUGCACCUGUAGCUCCCAAUCUUGUUCAAUACAUGUCUGAGGUUUGGAGCAUCUGUAUGUAAACACGUCUUAGACCCUCUUGGUCUGGUUCUGUCUAAACUUUUUUUUCUAUUUCUUGUUCUGGUAUUGUCAUCUCUAUCAAACUUUUUUUGCACCAUUUUCUCUUUAUAAUUCAUUUAAGCAACUAGCUUUGAAACCCUUUCUAAUCAUUCUCGACGUUGUUUAUAAUAUUCAAGAUCCAGUGAUCCGGAGCAGCGGUAAUCCAGUACUGGUUUUGCUUCGAACCAAACUGGGCAUCCUCACCAAUAGGAAGUCGUCUUACUGUCUCCCUUGGAGACUGUCAAAGGAGCGCGUCCUCCCCUCGCCACGGUUGUUCGCUGCUCCGGUUCUGGUUUAUUCUUUCCUCUUGAUCUCCUUCCCGUCUCCCCGUUAAUGCAGAGAGAGGAGGUGACCCCGCCGCCCAGACGAUGCGGUAGCCGAAACACAGGGUUGGUGAGGGACGACCCAACGUUUACUCUGGAAUGUUCCGGAAGGUUCUCUCCGCCGGCUUCCUGGUGCGGGCCCUUCACGCGGCGCUGACGUGGGCGGUGACGUUGGUUCUCUUCCUGUAUAGAACGGAUCUGAGGCAGAGUGAGGAGCAUGGUGAGUUCCUACAGCCAAUUGCCUUCCUCCUGCUCGUUCUCUGUUCAAUGUUACUGUACUUCAUCACCUCCCUGAUGGAUCCAGGAUAUGUCACAUUUGAUGAUGAAUUGAAGGUGUCGCAAUCGAACCAUUGUGUUUGGGAUGAUAAGGAACAGAUGGUGCCUGUGAUACAGAAAGCCCAGAGACUGAGGCGCUGUGGCUACUGCAUGGUCCAGCAGCCCAUGCGGUCUAAACAUUGCCAGUCCUGUCAACACUGUGUGCGGCGAUAUGACCACCACUGCCCAUGGAUCGAGAACUGUGUGGGGGAGAGAAAUCAUCGCUUCUUUAUGCUCUACCUGAUGGUGCAAUUGACCGUCCUGUUGUGGGCUUUCCACAUUGCCUGGUCUGGAUUUUGUACUGAACCCGAAUGGAAAGACUGGCUCCGUGUAAAUAUGUUCCUGCUGCUGGCAUUUAUCAUCAUCAGCAUUUGUACUGUGGUGGUUAUGCUGUUAUUGGUAUCACACUUGUAUCUGGUGUCUAGCAAUACCACAACGUGGGAGUUCAUGUCCCGCCAUCGCAUCUCCUACCUCAAACAUUGCAGCUCAGAGGAAAAUCCAUUUGACCAGGGCAUUCUUGGAAAUUUGUGGAUGUUUUUCUGUGUGUGUAAGACAGUUGCAUGGGAAAGGAUUUAUUUUCGAGAGAAUGAUGAGCUUGUUUAGAGAGUGGGUCACUGUAGAUGUGUGAUCUCUACUCUGCUUCUUUUGGUUUUCUGCCUUACUGAGAUUGAGUCUGUUAUUGAUAAAUAAUGUUCACAUUUUCUUCAAGUGCUUGGCUAAGAGGGUGAGAGAGAUUCCCCCCUUGCCAGCCAGAGGCAAAUGGGAGAUGGAGGGCAAAAGGGAGGCAAGAUAAAAAUGACAAAUUGCUCCAAACAUUAUGGAAAUGGUAUCUAGAUUGCCUCCUCUUUCCAUUCCAUCCCAAGUCUGAUCUUUAGUUAUGCCUCAAGUCCAAACAUGUUCCCUCUAUAACUGGAGGGGGAGGUAAAUAAGGUAGUUUUCCAUGGUUAAAGAUCACUCAUUACUUCUCCUUAACAGCUUUUCAGUUUUAAUGAUAGAGAGGAGAGGUAAAAUGAUUUAAAUUAGAAUUCUGACUCUGGGUGCUUACCACUGUUUGAGAUAAUGUAUUAAUGCUAAUAGACUCCGCAAAAGAUUAAAGUGUGCUGAUUCUCACUUUAACAAAACACCAAUACAAUAAUAUUUUUGAUACUUCAAGAGUACUAAUGGAUAUAUUAAAACAAUGUUUUAUCAUCAAUUAUCUAAUGGAUAAUUUUGCAGUCCACAUCUGGAAUUGAUUGUACCUGCAUCAAAUCAUGAUUUUUCUUUCAGCAAGGACUGCUAUACUAAUAUUUAUAAACAUUUACAAUUUAAUGAACAUUCAGUUUUAGCACAAAGCUUUUCAUAAAAUAUUUCAAAGAUGCUUAUUACCCAGAUUAUGUUUACAAAAUUCCUGCAUAUUUAUCUAGAUGUACCAAAGUCUUCUGGACAGCUUCAGUAUUCAAAUUCUGCACAUGUCAGAAAUCAGAACUUGCAUCAGCUAUGCUGCAUUUGGUAGGGGUAGCAGAUACAGUGCAACAGCAUCCAAUUUUCUUCCAAGUCAAAUGCCAUUAUGAUUGUGAAAUAUUCCUUCAUUGUGGCUCAGUCCAAGUCCUGGAACUCCCUACCCCACAGCAUUGUGGUAGUAUCUUCAUUUGGAGAGAUUAUAGAAGUUCAGAGUGGUCAGUAAAUGCUGGCGCCACUAGCAAAGGUCACAUCUUGAAAAAUGGAUGCAUACAAAGUCUUACAUUUCAGUGCAGUACUAAGAAUUCUGUACAGCAAGAUGAGAUACAAAAUCAAAAGCCCCUUCCCCUAAGUGGAUGCAAGAAACAAGGGCAAUAAAUUGAAAGAGCAUGGGGAGAUUGCCCUGGUGUCCUAGCCAGCAUACAACACUGGAACCAAAAAACAUAAUCCAAGCAUUAUCGCAUGGCUAUUUAAUCUUGCAUGCAAGUCAGUCAUCUUGUUUCUUGCAAUGCAACAGCGACCACACUUUCAAUGAACUUUGUGUAGCCAGUCAUGAAUAGAGCAAUAUAUAUGCAAGUUCUUUUUUUUUCUAAAAAGAAAAACUUCAACCAUUACAAAUAGGAAGGGGAAAGAAAAAUAUUUAAAGAUUAUUUUAUAUUAGGUAGCCAGUAUUACAUGCAAACAUUAAUUCCUAUUGUGACUGCUGAUCAUCCAGGACAUUCUACAAAGCAUAGCAAACCAAUCAUGCAGUUAUUGCUACCAUGGUGUGCAAAGCACAAAUAACUGAAUGAUCCCUGUUGUGACUGCAAUCCAAAACCUUCUAGCUCUGAGCGCUGUUCAACAUAGUAAAUCUAUGCAAGUCCUACAGCAUUUGUUCCAAUCCUGGUAACACCAGUCACAUCUGUCCCAACAGCAUAGGAUUUUGCUGCAGCACUAUUGCAUGCAUCUCGAGUCCCUGCACAGCCAAGUCCCAAACUACCUGCGACAUCUUUGGACCUACAACAUGCAUGGCAAAAAUUCAAGCACAAUUGAUCAGAUUUAUCAUCCAAUUUCAGAUACCAGGGUGAUGGUGACUGCUUUUCCUUUGAACCAGUGAAUAUAAACAUUUUAGUGCAAACACAAAUUUUACAUACGAGAAAGCAGCCCUCCUGUGAAAUUGCACAGAAGAUAGUCCAGGGGACAGAUAGAGAAAGCUGAAAUGUAACUGGGGACAAAUUACCACUGAGAAACAGCAUCACUUAUUGCCUCUACAGACAGAAAUGCAAGUAAUGUACCAAUUAAUAUAUUUGCUGAUUUCAUCUCACAUUUCAUAUAACUGUUUUUGUUCUUCUAUUCAACUGAAAGUAUAAUCUUAUAAUGCCAAUUUGAUCUAAUGUUUUCUCCAAAUAAUCUUAUUUCUUACGAUUCCUAUCUGUUCUCUUGUUUAUUUGUCCCUCAUCUCCAAAUGUACUUUCAUUCUUCUAGAAGAGCAGGGGGAUUUCAUCUUACAUUGAGUUACUUUGAUCAACAUUGAAAAAAUAGAGCAAAUCACUAUAUAACUGGCAAAACAGAUUAUAGUAAUCUGGCUGAGAACAAGAAUUUAAUUAACAUUGAAUUUAAGACAGCUGGACUGUACUGGGAAUUUAUAAGUCAUUACUUGUACCAUAGUAUCAUGUUACUGUAUAUAUUUUUCACAACUUGAUACUUUUAUAAUUUUUAGGUUUCUGAAUGGACCAAUUUCUUUUUAAAAUAUUGGACUUUUUUGGAUUAGAACCUGGUCUUGCUGCCUCAAGUCAUUAUCACUUGGAAAAAUAUUGAUUAAACAAAUUUAAAUAUUU